AGAGGAGACAGCGGUCAUGGCAGCUGCCACAGCUCAGCCGAUGGGGAAUUUGCCCAGUGGGCUUGGGAUAUGCACCACGGCACCGGAUAUAUUCUAUUUACCUGAACUGGUGUUUGGGGGUUUGGUGUGGAUCCUGGUAGCCUCCACACAUGUGCAGCCAGAGAAUCCCCUGGGCUGGGUGAUGUUCGUCUCCGUCUUCUGUUUCGUUAUGACCUUCCUCUGGCUCGUCAUCUUCGCCUGUGGAGCGCACAAGAACAGCGGGGGAUGGGCCACGGCGGACUUUAUCUAUCACUUUCUGGCUGCUCUGUUCUACCUGAGUGCUUCAGUUCCUCUGGCCAGUGUGACCCUCGCUAUGAAAAAUAGCACCAACUUUAGAUACUACCAGAUAGACAUCGCAGCAGUGGUUUUCUCCUACACGGCCACACUCUUCUACUUCAUCCACUGUAUCCUCUCAGCAAUAAGGUGGAAGUCUUUCUGAUCAGCAUUGCAUUGCUCUCAGUCUGUCUGACCCCCCUCCCUUCCCUCCCCAUAAAACACAGAACUCUGGGAGAAUGAGAAGAAUCUCAAGUCAGUUGUGGAAAAGGGAAAGGGUUGCUCACUCUGAAUUCUACAAAUCGGCAAAUCAAUUCCAUCAGCGGCUUAGAGAGUACUGUUUGUAUUAUGCAAACUCCCAAAUAUAUAUGUCUCCAGACAUACAUUUAUUAAUACAAAUGUACUGUAAAAAUAUCUGUAUGUUUUCUGUUGGGCGUAUAUUUAUGUAUGCACACACACACACACACACACACUGUCACUGAAUCAUUUUUCACCUGUUUUUAUUAAACAUAUUCUUGAUGGAUAGUAGGUGAAGAAAAUGUAGAUUUUUACAAUCAGAUUUUUGUAGAAAAGAAAAAUGACACCCAGAUAUGGCGCUCGACUAAACUGAACUUUUAUAACGUCAAUCUUUAUAUUGAUGGGGUAUGUUUUAUACAUUUGAACUGUUGGGUAUGCAUUAUGUCAGAAAUAUGCUUAACAUUAUGUUUUAAAUAAAAGAAUAUUCACUGAAU